CCUGAACGUAGAGACACAAUGCUUUCUGCAGCUCUGUUUUACCUCUUAGCUCUGAUUUGCUCUACAACAUGGACGCACGCUCUGCCUGUUUAUCCAGAACCCAACGUGGAACCACAAGCAGAUUUCAUUCACAAGUUGGUGUCAGAGGUGGAAGACGCUGCUGAGGAGGAACAGAGAGAGGCGAAUAACCUUUACCCUCUAAUGAUGCACCAGAGCGACGGGAGAGACUCCUGGACCAAAGGAGCAAAGGAUUCACCACCACAGGGAAAUUUUGCAAAUAUGGUGGAGGAUCUUAAAGAAGUUGUCCUGAAGCUGGCUGCAGCAGACAAGCUGCGCUCUCAGGGCUUCGUCCGAUCAGAGCAGAGUCUGCCAAAAACAAACAAAAGAGCGUGUUUCUGGAAAUACUGUGUGACCAACUAGAGCCCAGCAGGCCGACGCUUAGAUCCUGGCUUUGGAGAACGUUCCCACUCGUUUCUUUUAUUUUCCAUCGAAUAUGUUGACUGUACCAGAUAUAUAAAA